CUACUUUCACCUGCGCGCAGUAUUAUCAAUAGCCGGACAUCCACUUCGGCGAUGCAUUGCCUUGCAGCCGCGUAAAGCGGAAUGGCCUCCCUGAAACGAGCUUGCCAAGACAUGCACUCGGCUUCUGACGAUGCUGGUAAACUGCCCCAUCGAAUCUGGCUUGUCGCGGAUUUACUCGAGCGCAUCGCCAGCUUUGCGCCCCAGAAUGAGGUGGCCCUGACUUUGCGCCUACUGAACAAGACAACUGCAAAGGCGCUGUGCUCUCCCGAGCACAAACGGGUGCGGGCGUCCCAGACGCUCCCCGUCCACGCCUAUAGCAGCAGCCUGCCCGCUGCCGCCAUGCAGCGGUGGCCCGUUGAGCAGCGCCAGCAGACUGUGUGGAAAGCAGCUUACACCGGCAGUCUGGGAGCUGUGGACGCAGCGCUGGCGGCAACGGGGCUGCGCAGCGGGGAGUGGCUGCUGGCGGCCGCUGCCGAGGCCUCAGGGCCGGGCGUUGCGCUGGGGCUGUGCCAACAGCUGGCGGCCCGGGGCUUGGUGGUUGGGAACUGGCGCAUACCACACAAUCCCCUGCGCACAGCGGCCGCAGCCGGUAACGCGGACGUGUGCCAGUGGCUGCUGAGUGAGCAGCUGCCGGUUGUGUGGCACAGCAUCAACAUGCACUGCGCUACGGCGGUGUGCUCCGCCGUCAGCGCCGGGCAUGUGGCACUGGCGGCGAAACUGCUGUCGCUGUGCCCGGAAGACCACCCGUUGCGCACGGGCGAAUUGUUGAUGGCAGCCGCUCACGGUUUCAAUGUCGCGGACUUCACCGGUUUGUGGGAGGAGUACGUGAGCAUGCAUGGGGACCCACUCAGACGGCAGCAGCAACAGCAGCCGCCGCAGCCGCAGCAGCAGCAGCAGCAGCAGGGCGGCAUGUGGUUUUCGCGGUACCCUAGAGCCAUCAAACUGUCAUACAAUGCAUCCCGGCUUGCUAACCCGCUGGGGCCGGCUGCCAUGUGGACCGUGCUGAAGGCCGCGGCGGGCAGCCCCACGCCCUGCUGGCUGGACAAGCUGGAUGUGGUGCUGCAGCUGCCCUCUGGCGGCGACGAGGCUGCUGCAGCUGCGGUUCCAGCGAAGCUGGCGGCGCUCCCGAUCUUGCUGUCCGAGCCAGCGCUCCCGAUCUUGCUGUCCGACGUCGUAUCAGACGCCAUGUCUGCGCCGGACGGCCUGGCCCGCGUGCGGCUGCUGUGGGAGCAGCGCGGCUGGCGGCUGGUGGAGGGCUCUUCACUGGAGUUCGCGUUGGAGAAGGCGGGCGCACGUGGCGACACGGCCGCUAUCAGCUACCUCUUUGACAAUCUUGGGGCGCAGGUAGAGCAACCGGUUGACGAUGGUGAAUGUGCGCCAACCGUGCUGGUGGGACCGGCAAAAGGUGGCCAUCUGUCGGCGCUGCAGCUGCUGGCGUCCCACGGCGUGCGCUGCAAUGGCGAAACAUUUGCCCACGUGGCGUGGUACGCGGCGGCACGUGGGCACCUGCACAUCCUGGCCUACCUCCUGGGCGGGGAGGCGCCGCCGCCGCUCCUGCUUCAGCCGCCACCCGGGCCCUGGGCGGACUCGGCGGUGCGGAAACGUGCACUGGCGGUGGCGCUGUCAGAGGGCCUUCUGCUCGGACGCGUGGAUGCGGUGCGUUAUUUGCACGAGCUGGGCGGGAGGUUCACGGAUGAGGAGCAACGGUGGAUGUGGAAGACUGCCAGUGACACGCGCUACCCGGCAAUGGUGGAGCUGCUGGGGGUGGAGCUGGGCUACCCGACUGAUGAACGCGGGUUGCUCGUGUACAAGGCGGCCAAGGGCGACGUGCCCACGAUCCGGGCGCUGGCGCGGCUGCGGUUCUGCGGCCCUGGCUGCCGCAAGGCCCUGUUGUUGCUGCUGGAGGACCCGGCUGUGCCGCUGAGCGAGCUGAGGUGGCUGCUGGAGGGAGAGGGCGACACUAGGGAGGCAGGCGGCGGGGGUGGCGCUGCAGAGGCCGCAGCCGGAGCUGCAGGGCCGUCAGCAGGGGGCCAGGCGCCCGCCGUGGCGCUUGAGCCUGGCCCGGUAGCAAGAUGGGCCCUACGGGAUGAGGCGUGGUGGCAGCAGGCGCUGGAGGCGGCGGGGCGGCGGGGCCCGGGCGAGGCGGCGGAGGAGGUGCUGGCCUGGCUGCAGGGCUGGCGGCAGGCGAACGAGGACCUGCAAUUGCCUGACUACACGUUUCUUAGCGACAGCGACAGCAACGGCGAUAACGACAGCGACAGCGAUAGUGAUGACGACAGCGACAGCGAUAGUGAUGGCGACAGCGAUAGUGACAGCGACGGCGAUAGUGACAGCGACGGCGACGGCGACGGCGACGGCGACGGCGACGGCGACGGUGACGGCGACGGUGACGGCGACGGUGACGGCGACGGUGACGGCGACGACAAUGAGUGAUGGCGAGGGCCGUGGGGUAUCGAGGUGGCUGGGAGCACUGUGUCGGGAUUCGUGGGUCAUGAGCUUGGGCUAAGACAACGGGGCGAAGGCAUUCGGCCACGGCCGUUACUGGUGAGGCCAAAUUCAAGUGUUUGACAAAUUAAGUGUUACUUGCACGUGAUGCAUGUGCGUCAUUUUUCAAUCGUUUAUGGCAUGCAUUGGGUGCCGUUGACCUCACGGUAGUCAAACGGUAUUUGAGUAUGGCCCAGUAACUUAUUCCCACCCGUUUAAGUUCUUGCUGAUGGAUGAGGCUUGAAUUGGGCACACGUGUUGACUGAUGACUCGAGAACGUAGUGCAUGGGGCACAGCCACUGGUUCCAUGAGACGGGUGCUUGGGAUAACGGCACGGGAUAACGGUGUGCCGCGUGUUAUAUGCGUGCGUGCGUGCGUGCGUGCGUGCGUCUGUGUGUGUGUGUGUGUGUGUGUGUGUGUGUGUGUGUGUGUGUGUGUGUGUGUGUGUGUGUGUGUGUGUGUGUGUGUGUGUGUGUGUGUGUGACUACGGUUUCCACGGUUAUUCUGCCAGAUCACGUGAAUCGUGUAUCUGGUAUAACCAACGACAGGGCUCUCAAUCGAGGGCUGCCGUGACCUGGCGUUUCCCCGGCAGAGCGCAAACAGCUCUGGAGUCCACAGGGCAACGCACUCCGACCCUUCACCGCGCCAGUAAUCCUUGCGGAAUUACUACCGGUGUAACAACCUCAGACC